UCCCACCCAGCUUGGGACUGCGUCAUAAGUAUCCCCAGACCUAGCUAGUCUCGAAGCAGCAUUAGGCAGACGGGGCAGAAAGAAGGGGUGCUUGGGCUAGUGAAAUCUCCUCCUCUUCCAACCUGCAGCCCAGGACGCUGAUUCGAGCCGCGCCUUAUCGCGCAGCCCGAAGGUUCACCAUGGUGAAAAUCGCCUUCAACACUCCCACCGCGGUGCAAAAGGAGGAGGCACGGCAAGACGUGGAGGCCCUAGUGAGCCGCACCGUCCGAGCUCAGAUCUUAACCGGCAAGGAUCUCCGAGUUACCACCCAGGAAAAAGAGGGCACCUCUGGGCGAUGCAUGCUUACUCUCUUAGGCCUUUCAUUCAUCUUGGCAGGACUUAUUGUUGGUGGAGCCUGCAUUUACAAGUACUUCAUGCCUAAGAGUACCAUCUACCGUGGAGAGAUGUGCUUCUUUGAUUCUGAAGACCCUGCACAUUCCCUUCGUGGAGGAGAACCUUACUUCCUGCCUGUGGCUGAAGAGGCUGACAUUCGUGAAGAUGACAACAUAGCAAUCAUUGAUGUGCCUGUUCCCAGUUUCUCUGAUAGUGACCCUGCAGCAAUUAUUCAUGACUUUGAAAAGGGAAUGACUGCUUACCUGGAUUUGAUGCUGGGGAACUGCUAUCUGAUGCCUCUCAAUACUUCCAUUGUUAUGCCUCCAAAGAAUCUGGUGGAGCUCUUUGGCAAACUGGCGAGCGGCAAAUACCUGCCUCACACUUAUGUGGUUCGUGAAGACCUGGUUGCUGUGGAGGAAAUUCGUGAUGUUAGUAACCUUGGCAUCUUUAUUUACCAACUUUGCAACAACAGAAAGUCCUUCCGCCUUCGUCGCAGAGACCUCUUGCUGGGUUUCAACAAACGUGCCAUUGAUAAGUGCUGGAAGAUUAGACACUUCCCCAAUGAAUUUAUUGUUGAGACCAAGAUCUGUCAAGAGUGAGAGGCAACAGAAAAAGCAUAUCUUUGGUAAUAAGAAGUCAGCGAUUUACAAUAUUACUUCAACAUUAAAACGUAUGGGAUACUCAAGAUAUUUACUCAUGCAUUUACUCUAUUGCUUAUAGGGAAAAAAAGGAGAAAAACCUACUAACCACUGCAAGUUCUAGUUCUUGUCAAAUUUUAGUUUAAUUGGCAUUGUUUGUUGUUUGAAACUGAAAUGAUUAUCAUUUUUUCUUUUAAAUUUAUAGGGUUUAGAUUUCUGAAAGCAGCAUGAAUGUGUCAGCUAACAUCCUGACAAUAAAUUUCAUCCUUUGUGUUUUUUUAAGUGAGCUCUUCACUCAGUCAUACAGUAGAGCAUGUUUUAAAUUUAAAAUAUUUAAAAUUGUUUUUGACCUUUUUGUGUAAAUCAUGUCAAAUCCAUUAACACUGUUAAGUUUUGUUUCUCAUUUUGUGCAACUUUCCAGAAUUUAGAAAUUAUAUACUUGCAAUUCUAUUAGGUGCUCUGUAAUGAAUCUGACAUAUACGUGAACGAUUUUCAUGAGAAAGUCAUUUUUCACUAAUGCAGUGAUUUUUUUUUUCUCACUAAUAUCCAUAUUGUGAAAUCCACAAAACUAUUGGUGCUAAAUGCUGUAAGUAGUUUAGGUUGUAUGAAUUCUACAACCCUAUAAUAAAUUUUACCAUAUUCAA